UGCAACGGAUUUGGAUGCGCAAGGACAGGAAACGGGGGAGAAGGGCAUGGACAAGGCUGUAACGGCUGACGCGAGGAGAGACAAGGAAGCGCCUCCGGGUAGAUAUUGGACUAGAAGGCGACAAGCCGUGACUCAAUAGUUUGCAGGCAGUGAGUGUAGAAGAAUUCGGGCCGCGAUUGGGUAAGUUUCCCAGUGCAAUUAAAAAAGCAGAAGAACCCAGAUCUGGUUUCCUUUGCGUGGCCUGGGGCAGAGGCGCGGGCCGAAGAAUCCGGUCUGACCAGUGGGGGGCUCCACUGCGCGCAGUUUCCGAAUCCCCAAGAACCCGGCGGUAGCCCUGCGGCUCCUGGAUAGGGUGGGUCGCCCUGGGCGCUCAAUAGCUGCUUUAGACGUGUUGUCGGCGUCCGGGUGGGUCCUCCGGGCUCCAAGUCCUCUGGCCGCUCUCGCCUCGGCCCCGCCCUCCACCUCCUUUCCCGGUCUCGCUGGCCCCGACUGUCCCUAGCAGCUGAUCCGCCCGCUGGGGCGCGGGUGAUGCGAAUUCCUAGAAGCCUUCGGAGGCUGCCGGGCGUUGGAAGUUAGCAUCCCCUCAAAACGCCAGAGGGUUGUGCUCACACACGCCCUCCCACCCCCGCCCCUGUUACAGAGAGUCAGGGCCGGGUGCAGGGAUAGACAAUGCCUCCGCUCAACACCCGCGUCCUCCCUGGAAGCCAAAUCCAUCAGUCCUUCCAGCCCAGCCUGACCCUCAGGGGAUCUGGGGCGCGGGGCUGGCAGCUGGCUGGGGAGGCGGUGGCGGGAGGGACUCAGGUAAAGAGAGGCCCAGAGCGGGAGGGGCUGGGGCGCCGCAGGGAUGCAGCCGGGGCUGUUCUAGUACCUUCAGGGCACCCGCCCGACCUAAGCUGCCUGAGCCGGGAGCUGGGACUGUGAGUCAGAUCUCCGGCACCCGCCAGUCGAACCGGGAGGGGGGAAGGUCAGGAAAUGACAUCAGAGGCCUGUGCUUGGGGGAGCGGUGGUCUGUGCCCCGCCAGAGCGGCGGGGGCGACGGUGAGGAGGAGCGGCCGGGGCUGGAGGACCUGGCGGAGCUUCUGGCCCGGGGCUGGACUAGGGCCCCUUCCUGGGGGAGUUUCCUGCUUGGUCCGCCCAGCCCUGCUCUCCCCGCCCCCUCUCCGGGCCGCUCCUUGUAUGGUCUCGCGCCUCUCUCUCCCCGCCCUCUCCCUCCCUCUCUCUUCCGCGCGUCCCUCCCCGCCUCACUGGAGGCUGCUUCGGACCCGGACGCAGAGUCCUCGGACCAGGCGCCAAGGCGGCACCCGAGACCCGGCGCGCACGCUCCCACCCGCGCAGCCCGGCUGGGCCAUGGCGGCUCCCCGCCCGUCUCCUGCGAUCUCCAUCUCCGUCUCGGCUCCGGCUUUUUAUGCCCCGCAGAAGAAGUUCGGCCCUGUGGUGGCCCCAAAGCCCAAAGUGAAUCCUUUCCGGCCUGGGGACAGCGAGCCUUUCCCGGCAGCAGGGGCCCAGCGCGCGCAGAUGGGCCGGGUAGGCGAGGUCCCCCCACCGCCCCCAGAAGACUUUCCCUUACCGCCCCCUCCACUCGUUGGGGAUGGCGACGACGAGGGUGCUCUGGGAGGUGCCUUCCCACCCCCGCCUCCCCCGAUCGAAGAACCGUUUCCCCCUGUGCCUCUGGAGGAGGAGAUCUUCCCUUCCCCGCCACCUCCACUGGAGGAGGAGGGAGGGUCCGAGCCCCCCAUAUCGCUCCCACAGCAGCCUAGGGAGAAGGUGAGCAGUAUUGACCUGGAGAUCGACUCUCUGUCCUCACUGCUGGAUGACAUGACCAAGAAUGAUCCCUUCAAAGCCCGGGUAUCAUCUGGAUAUGUCCCCCCACCAGUGGCCACUCCAUUCAUUUCCAAGUCCAGUACAAAGCCUGCAGCUGGGGGCACAGCACCCCUGCCUCCUUGGAAGGCCCCUUCCAGCUCCCAGGCUGUGCCCCAGGCUCCAGCUCAGCAUCAGAGCCAGCAGUUCCAUGUUCAGUCCCAGCCUCAGGCCAAGCCUCAGGCCCAGUCCCAGCCCCAGGCCCAGCCCCAGCCCCAGCCUGUGCCUUUGGCUAACACCCAGCUCAAAGGACCCCCAACCCCAUCUCCAGCUCCAGCUCCUAAGUUUUCUCCAGUAACUCACAAGUUUACUCCUGUGGUGUCCAAGUUCAGCCCUGGAGCCCCAGGUGGACCCGGUUCACAGUCAAAUCAAAAACUGGGGCCCCCCGAAGCUCCCUCUUCUACUGGCACAGGCUCCCCUCAACCUCCCAUCUUCACCUCUGCUCAGCAGAGGGAGAAGCCCCGAGUACAGGAGAAGCAGCACCCAGUGCCCCCGCCGACUCAGAACCAAAAUCAGGUGCGCUCCCCUGGGGCGCCGGGACCCCUGACUCUGAAGGAGGUGGAGGAGCUGGAGCAGCUGACCCAGCAGUUGAUGCAGGACAUGGACCAUCCUCAGAGGCAGAACGUGGCUGUCAGUGAAUUCUGUGGCCAGUGUCGCCAGCCCUUGGCCCGGGCACAGCCUGCCGUUCGCGCGCUGGGGCAGCUGUUCCACAUCACCUGCUUCACCUGCCGACAGUGCUCACAGCAGCUCCAGGGGCAGCAGUUCUACAGCCUGGAAGGGGCACCUUACUGUGAGGGCUGCUACACUGACACCUUGGAGAAGUGCAAUACUUGUGGGCAGCCCAUCACUGACCGCAUGCUGAGAGCCACUGGCAAGGCCUACCACCCGCAGUGCUUCACUUGCGUGGUCUGCGCCUGUGCCCUGGAGGGUACCUCCUUCAUUGUGGACCAGGCCAACCGGCCCCACUGCGUCCCUGAUUACCACAAGCAGUAUGCCCCGAGGUGCUCUGUCUGUGCCCAGCCCAUCAUGCCUGAGCCUGGCCGCGAUGAGACCGUGAGAGUGGUUGCUCUGGACAAGAACUUCCACAUGAAGUGUUACAAAUGUGAGGACUGUGGGAAGCCCCUGUCAAUUGAAGCUGAUGACAAUGGCUGUUUCCCCCUGGAUGGCCAUGUGCUUUGUCGGAAGUGCCACACUGCCAGAGCCCAGACCUGAGUGAGGACCAGCCCCUUUCAGAUUGUGGACCACCCCCACUGAGACAAACCACCCCCACCUUCUACCCUUUCAUUUCAAAGUUCUCCCCAGAACCCCAAGAUGCCUAAGGAUGCAGAGUCCCCACCCUGGGGUCUAAAGCCCUGGCUCUAGUCCUUGCCUGCCCUGAAGGGAUGGCCCACCAUCCUGCAGGUGUCCCACCUGAGGGGACACCAGGUUUAGUGCUGCUGCUUUCACUGCUGCGCCCACGCCCUUGUCCAGCCCUGAGCAGCCUCUGUACUUUGCUUGCUAAGGGCCAGAGACACCCUGACCCACUGGGAGCCUGGGGCAACCAGCCUGGACACGCCCACCUUCCCAUGCUGCUGCCAGGUUGUGGCUACAGCUACAAAUAAAAAUCCUUGUUUUCCAGAA